AAGUUGAAAAGAGAGCAAAAGUAAGAAAAAGUAACUGUGAUGAGUGAUUUAGAAAAAAUGAAUGGUGCCAACGGCACUUUGAAUGGCCUGGCUGGGGCUGCUAAUGGUCAAGCAACUUCCUUGGCCAAUGGCUCGGAUCCAACACCCGUGAAUGGGGUAGAGGCGCCUGCUAACGCCUCUACUACUGCUGCUGCUGCAGGUGGUGGUGUUGAAAAUGGUAAUGGUGCUGAGGCUACUGCUGCUGCUGGUGGUGAUACUGGUACGGCUGCUACUUUAAAGGCCGUGGAAUCGGCUAUUUCUUGUUCUUCUAUGGCUGGUGAUGAUGCUGGCACCGAUGCCGGUGUCAGCUCUGUACCACCUUCUGAGGCUGGCGGUCGUCCACCAUUGGACACUGCCUGUUCUGAUGGUGGCGGCCCCUCCAGUUUGGUGGGUGGCAUGGUUGGACCACCCAGCCCUUUAACCGGUUGUUAUUUGCUUAUCAUUUUGGGUGAACCGCACUCCGAGGAGCAUAAAGAUAAUAUUCUACAACAUUUGUUGAAAGGUUUUCUCUCAUGGGACGUAGCUGAUUGUCAUGUCGAUUUGGAAGAGGAACUUAAUACAAUAACACAACAUGCCCCUGAAGGAGAGGAAGCACGUCACGGCGAACGACUCAUUCAGUAUGCUAGUGAAAAUCUAGUCACUGAGGUUUUAAUACAUCCUCAAUACAAUACUCUUAUACAAUGUAUGCGUAAUAUGCUUAGCAGUUUUACUCGCCAUCGUCAUAUAAUCCAUGCCGGUUAUACAUUCUCGGGCAAUGGUUCCUGGAUACUACAGGAUGGAACCUUUUCGGUUGGCGAUUUUUCUGAAGCAUUUCAAGAGCAUGAUGUACAAAGAGUUAUACGCGCCUAUGCAGACACCAUAACAAUGAAUAUACAUUGUGCUGAUAGUGGUCUGUGGCAUACGUUGCCCGAUAAGAGCUUUGCUCGUCUAUGUAAAAUACGCAUCAAUCCUGUUGAUGUUUUGGACACCAGCAGUGAGAGCAUUAAUGCUUUUAUAGAUUAUCUUGCUCCCAUGUUGGUACCCACCUCCAUACGUGAACUACUUGAGACCUCGGAUGUUGUGGGCAAUAUACGCUUUACACAUCCCACUUUAUAUGUCUUCCCCGGCGGCCAGGGUGAUGCUGCCUUAUUUGGCAUUAAUGGUUUUAAUAUGUUGGUCGAUGGUGGCUUUAACCGCAAGGCCUGUUUCUGGGAUUUUGUCAGACACCUCGACCGCUUGGAUGCUGUCCUCAUGACCCGCUUAAACAACUCCAAUAUCCAGGGUCUUAGCUCUGUGGUGGAACGUAAACGUGAUGCCCAUGUUUAUCCUCAGAUUGGUCACUUCUUUUGCAAUGUUCCCGAUCGCAAGGGUGGUUUACCUAGUCCCGAUGGCGACAAGGAUCGCAAUCCCCUAUUGGUGGACCUCUUCGAAAGAGGCCACAAUCUAGUCAGUGAUCUAAAGUCAUUGGAUCUUAAACCACAAAACUGUUUCCGUGCCCCCGAGCCCAUUAAUCUCUAUCACAAAGUUGGCCAUGGUACUUUGGAUAUGUAUGUCAUAAGUCCUUCUCGAGACUCCAAAGAAGUAAAGGAAUUUAUGCAAAAAUGGCAAUCAGGCGAUCAACGUUUAUUUGCGGCUCGUGACACCCGGGAUUUCAAUUUCCCCUUGCAAAAUAUGGCCUCUAUAUGUGCUUUGUUGGUUUGGCAGCCGGCAAAUCCCGAUGACUCCAUAACACGUAUACUCUUCCCCGGCAGCACACCCGACUUUAAGAUCCAAGAAGGUCUGGAGAAACUUAAACACUUGGAAUUCAUGAAGCAUUCCACCUGCACUGCCAAAUCUAUAGCACCUGCCAUACAAACUGUGGUGACCACACGCAAGACUCUGAAAUCUGCCCUAGAACCGGCAGCACCCAUUACCAAACCCUCGAAAUUCAUGCCGGUAGCAGCGGCCGCUGUUGCUGUGCAACAAGACAACAAAAUGAAAGAAGCUGUUGCCUCUUCAGCCGACGAAGACAAAAUCGAAAAAAUCUAUCAGGAAGAGGAGAAGCAUUUAACCCUCAAAAAGAAAGAAGACUCCGUAGAGACUGAUGAACAAGCAGUCGAAACCGGAGAUGAAGCUCUGCCCGAACCUACAGCUGACACCGCCAGUAAAGAUGGUGAUCAAGUUGAUGGUGAACAGGUAGAAAACAAUAAAGAAACUACUGAGAAGAAGGUGGAAGUUGUUAUUGUUAAGCCACAACCUCAAGUCCCACCUCCUGCCAAAGAAAUUAUUGAAACAGCUGAACCUCUUAAGCCAGCCGCCAAAGUGGCUAAGGUCAAGGCUGAGAAACCCCGAGCUGAAGUUAAGCCCUUGGUUAGAUCUCGCAUUGACACCAGGCCACCCAAGUCCUUGGAACGUAAAGUGGUUAAGAAAGAUUUGGCCGAAAAGAAGAGCUCACCCACAGCCACACCACGCAAACAAGACGCCGCCAAACCCGCCACCAGAGAAGUCAAAUCAAAGAUUAUGACCAGAGCUGCCAAGGCCAGUCCCAGCAGUACACCAGCCAAAAGCACUAAAGAAGCCAACAACCGCAAGGUUUUGGAAUCAAAACAACAAACUAUUAGACAAACCUCAACCACUACCUCCAGACGUGUGGCUACCACCACAGCUGCCGAAAGGAAAGCGGCCGAGCCACGCAAGCCUAUAUCUCGUCGUCCUCGUGGUGCUUCUCCCUCAAAACGUGCUCCUGGCAGUCCUAUUAAGGCUCCUAAGCCCAAGGUGGCUGAUAUGAAGAAAUCUAGACUGGACAAGGGUGGCACCACCGACUCCAGCUUGGUGUCCACACCUUCGGCCGACGAACAAGCCGCUGCCAAGAAACUACAAGAUUUGACUGCUUCCCAAGAAUUAGAUGCUGAAAAACAACGUGAACUCGAUGACCUCAAAGAAGAACAAGAGGUGGUUAGAGAAAUUGAAGCUGUUUUCAGCCGUGACGAAAUGAAACGACAUCAUCAAAUUAAGGCUGAAAUCAGGGAAGUUCCUAAACAAGACAGCACUACAGAAGCCGACGAGGAAGAUGAAUAUUUGAUUAUCGAAAAAGAAGAAGUAACCGAAGACUCGAUGGUCGAAAGCAGCAUGACCAAAGAGGAAGAGAUCCAGAAGCAUCAACGGGACUCACAGGAAUCCGAAAAGAAACGCAAAAAGAGUGCAGAGGAAGAAAUUGAGGCAGCCAUAGCCAAGGUGGAAGCUGAAGAACGCAAGGCCAGAUUAGAAACUGCUGUCUCAUCUGAAAGGAAAGAAGAUGAAGAGGUUGCUGAAGAGGCCGAAGAAGCUGAGGAAGCGGCUGAAGAAGAACCAGCUGAAGGCGAAGAUAUUAAAGUUACUUCACCCAUUGAGACAGAUAUUAAGGCUGAAGUGCAAGACAUUAUUACUGCAGCCAAGGAUAUUGUUAAAUCCAAAACUGAUGAACAAUUGGCCAAGACUGAUGAAGAGCUGUCAUCCGUAACCCCUGAAGAAAAAAUUAGCAGUGCUAAGAAAACUUCCGACACCAAAGAUGAUUUAGUGGGCAUACCCAUUGAACCCAUACCUGCCAACUUGCAAGAAAGUCUUCCUGAAGAGAAAUUCUCCGCCACCAUUGAAUCAGGUGCCACCACCGCUCCUACUCUGCCCGAGGAUGAACGUAUACCCCUAGACGAGAUCAAAGAGGAUCUGGUUAUUGAAGAAAAAUACGUUAAAGAAGAAACUAAGGAAACUGAUGCAAUGGCUGCUGCCACUGCUAUUACUUCGGCUAUGCGACCUACCGAGCCUAGUGCUGAUGCAAAAGAAAUUCCCUUGCAAAAGAUCACUGUUGGUCUAGCCACUGCUGAACGUGUUCUACCCAUGAAAAUGACAUUUGAUGCUCAACAGAAUCUUAUGCGUGAUGUUGUUAAGACACCAGAUGAAGUGGCCGAUUUGCCAGUUCAUGAAGAAGCUGAUUUAGGCGUAUACGAAAAGGAAGCCCAAGAGAGCGGUAAAACCAUUUCACAAAAAGAAGAAUUGGCCAAAGAAGAAAAGGAAACGGAAGAAAAAGAAAUUGAGCAACCAACUGAAGAGCAGCCCAAAGAAAUCUCCGAAAAGGAAAGAACUCCUUCACCAACAGAAAAGCCUGCAUCUCCUGUUGAGAAAGUAUCAACUCCUGAGGAAAAACCAGCAUCUCCUACUAAAGAAGAAGCUCACGAAGAAAAAGAACAGGUCGAAGAGAAAUUAGCAGAAAAGCCUACAUCUCCUAUCGCUGCAAUUCCUACAGAAGAAAAGAAGGAAAUUGUGGAAAAACAAUUGGAAGUUACAAAGGUUUCGGAAACCAAAGAAAAGAAAAAAUCUAUUAGUUCGCCAGACGAAAAAGAAACCAGUGAUAUAACCUCCGAAGAUGAAAUACCCGCUCAAAUGCCAACAACCAAAGCUCCCGAGAAACCCAAAGAACGCGACGACACAGUCUCAGUAGACAGUCCUCCCACUAUCGAGGAAGCUAUUGAAGUAGAAAUUCAAAAAUCUCUGCAAAGCAGUCGCAAACCAUCAGCUGAACCUAAAGAAGCUGAAGAAAGAAGAAAAUCUACCAUUUCUGUUGCCGAAAGCAAAAAGGAUGAAAAAUCACCAGCUGGGUCCAAAGAGCCAUCACGUCCAGCUUCUGUUGCUGAAAGUGAAAAGGCACAAAAAGACGAAAAAUCACCCGCUGAAUCAAAAGAACCUUCACGCCCCGUUUCUGUUGCCGGUAGCGAAAAGGACAAGAAACUUUCAGAAGAACUUGAAGAAGCAUCACGUAAAACAUCAAUUGCAGAAAGCAAGAAGGAUGACAAAUCACCACUAGAAUCUAAGGAACCUUCACAACCAGAAUCUGUAGCAGUGAGUGAAAAAGAUAAAACAUCGCCUGUAGAAUCAAAGGAACCAUCACGUAAGCCAUCAGUUGCUGAAAGCAAGAAAGAAGAGAAAUCUCCAGCAGAAUCCAAAGAACCUUCACGGCCAGUAUCAGUCGCUGAAAGUGAAAUAGAUAAGAAGUCCGUUGAUGAAGUAGAAGUUUCACGCAAAACAUCAAUUGCUGAAAGCAAGAAAGAUGACAAAUCACCAGUGGAAUCUAAAGAACCUUCGCUACCAGAAUCUGUAGCUGUGAGUGAAAAGGACAAAGCAUCGCCAGUGGAAUCAAAGGAACCAUCACGUAAGCCAUCAGUUGCUGAAAGCAAAAAAGAAGAGAAAUCUCCAGCAGAAUCCAAAGAACCUUCACGGCCAGUAUCAGUCGCUGAAAGUGAAAUAGAUAAGAAGUCCGUUGAUGAAGUAGAAGUUUCACGCAAAACAUCAAUUGCUGAAAGCAAGAAAAUUGACAAAUCACCAGUGGAAUCUAAAGAACCUUCGCUGCCAGAAUCUGUAGCUGUGAGUGAAAAGGAAGCAUCGCCAGUGGAAUCAAAGGAACCAUCACGUAAGCCAUCAGUUGCUGAAAGCAAGAAAGAAGAGAAAUCUCCAGCAGAAUCCAAAGAACCUUCACGACCAGUAUCAGUCACUGAAAGUGAAAUAGAUAAAAAGUCUGUGGAUGAAGUAGAAGUUUCACGCAGAACAUCAAUUGCUGAAAGCAAGAAAGAUGACAAAUCACCAGUGGAAUCUAAAGAGCCUUCACUACCAGAAUCUGUAGCUGUGAGUGAAAAGGACAAAGCAUCGCCAGUCGAAUCAAAGGAGCCAUCUCGUAAACCAUCAAUUGCUGAAAGCAAGAAAGAUGAGAAAUCUCCAGCAGAAUCCAAAGAACCUUCACGGCCAGUAUCAGUCACUGAAAGUGAAAUAGAUAAGAAGUCCGUUGAUGAAGUAGAAGUUUCACGCAAAACAUCAAUUGCUGAAAGCAAGAAAGAUGACAAAUCACCAGUGGAAUCUAAAGAGCCUUCACUACCAGAAUCUGUAGCUGUGAGUGAAAAGGAUAAGGCAUCGCCAGUCGAAUCAAAGGAACCAUCUCGUAAGCCAUCAAUUGCUGAAAGCAAGAAAGAUGAGAAAUCUCCAGCAGAAUCCAAAGAACCUUCACGUCCUGUUUCUGUUGCCAGUAGCGAAAAAGACAAGAAACUUUCAGAAGAGCUUGAAGAAGCUUCUCGCAAAACAUCAAUUGCAGAAAGUAAAAAAGAUGAAAAAUCACCAGUGGAAACUAAAGACCUUUCACUACCAGAAUCUGUAGCUGUGAGUGAGAAGGAUAAAGCAUCACCAGUCGAAUCAAAGGAACCAUCAAUUGCAGAAAGCAAGAAAGAUGAGAAAUCUCCAGCAGAAUCUAAAGAACCUUCACGGCCAGUAUCAGUUGCUGAAAGUGAAAUAGAUAAGAAGUCCGUUGAUGAAGUAGAAGUAUCACGCAGAACAUCAAUUGCUGAAAGCAAGAAAGAUGACAAAUCACCAGUGGAAUCUAAAGAACCUUCAAUACCAGAAUCUGUAGCUGUGAGUGAAAAGGAUAAGGCAUCGCCAGUCGAAUCAAAGGAACCAUCUCGUAAACCAUCAAUUUCUGAAAGCAAAAAAGAUGAGAAAUCUCCAGCAGAAUCCAAAGAACCCUCACGCCCAGUAUCAGUCACUGAAAGUGAAAUAGAUAAGAAAUCAGUUGAUGAAGUAGAAGUUUCACGCAAAACAUCAAUUGCUGAAAGCAAGAAAGAUGACAAAUCACCAGUGGAAUCUAAAGAACCUUCACUACCAGAAUCUGUUGCUGUGACUGAAAAGGAUAAGGCAUCGCCAGUCGAAUCAAUGGAACCAUCUCGUAAGCCAUCAAUUGCUGAAAGCAUGAGAGAUGAGAAAUCUCCAGCAGAAACCAAAGAAACUUCACGACCAGUAUCAGUUGCUGAAAGUGAAAUAGAUAAGAAGUCCGUUGAUGAAGUAGAAGUUUCACGCAAAACAUCAAUUGCUGAAAGCAAGAAAGAUGACAAAUCACCAGUAGAAUCCAAAGAACCUUCACUACCAGAAUCUGUUGCUGUGAGUGAAAAGGACAAGGCAUCGCCAGCCGAAUCAAGGGAACCAUCUCGAAAGCCAUCAAUUGCUGAAAGCAAAAAAGAUGAGACAUCUCCAGCAGAAUCAAAAGAACCUUCACGCCCAGUUUCUGUUGCUAGUAGCGAAAAAGACAAGAAACUUUCUGAAGAACUCGAAGAAGCUUCUCGUAAAACAUCAAUUGCUGAAAGCCAGAAAGAUGAGAAAUCUCCAGCAGAAUCCAAAGAACCUUCACGGCCAGUAUCAGUCGCAGAAAGUGAAAUAGAUAAAAAGUCCGUCGAUGAAGUAGGAGUUUCACGCAAAACAUCAAUUACUGAAAGCAAGAAAGAUGAAAAAUCACCUGCAGAAUCAAAAGAACCUUCACGCCCAGUUUCUGUUGCCAGUAGCGAAAAAGAUAAGAAACUUUCAGACGAACUCGAAGAUGCUUCUCGUAAAACAUCAAUUGCAGAAAGUAAGAAAGAUGAAAAAUCACCAGUGGAAUCUAAAGAACCUUCCUUACCAGAAUCUGUAGCUGUGAGUGAAAAGGAUAAAACAUCGCCAGGCGAAUCAAUGGAGCCAUCUCGUAAACCAUCAAUUACUGAAAGCAAGAAAGAUGAGAAAUCUCCAGCAGAAUCCAAAGAACCUUCACGCCCAGUUUCUGUUGCUAGUAGCGAAAAAGAUAAGAAACUUUCAGAAGAACUUGAAGAAGUGUCCAAGGAACAUUCAAGGCCAGUAUCAGUAGCAGAAAGUGAAAUCGAUAAGAAGUCCGUUGAUGAAGUAGAAGUUUCACGGAAAUCGUCAAUAGCAGAAAGUAAGAAAGAUGACAAAUCACCAGUGGAACCUAAAGAAACUUCAUUACCAGAAUCUGUAGCAGUAAGUGAAAAGGACAAAGCAUCGCCAGUUGAAUCAAAGGAACCAUCUCGUAAGCCAUCAAUUGCUGAAAGCAAGAAAGAUGAGAAAUCUCCAGCAGAAUCCAAAGAACCUUCACGUCCUGUUUCUGUUGCCAGUAGCGAAAAAGACAAGAAACUUUCAGAAGAGCUUGAAGAAGCUUCUCGCAAAACAUCAAUUGCAGAAAGUAAAAAAGAUGAAAAAUCACCAGUGGAAACUAAAGAACUUUCACUACCAGAAUCUGUAGCUGUGAGUGAGAAGGAUAAAGCAUCACCAGUCGAAUCUAAGGAACCAUCAAUUGCUGAAAGCAAGAAAGAUGAGAAAUCUCCAGCAGAAUCCAAAGAACCAUCACGGCCAGUAUCAGUUGCUGAAAGUGAAAUAGAUAAGAAGUCCGUUGAUGAAGUAGAAGUAUCACGCAAAACAUCAAUUGCUGAAAGCAAAAAAGAUGACAAAUCACCAGUAGAAUCCAAAGAACCUUCACUACCAGAAUCUGUAGCUGUGAGUGAAAAAGAUAAAGCAUCGCCAGUCGAAUCAAAGGAACCAUCUCGUAAGCCAUCAAUUGCUGAAAGCAAGACAGAUGAAAAAUCACCUGCAGAAUCCAAAGAACCUUCAAGACCAGUAUCAGUCACUGAUAGUGAAAAAGAUAAGAAGCCCGUUGAUGAAGUAGAAGUUUCACCUAAGUCAUCAAUUGCUGACAGCAUGAAAGAUAGAAAGUCACCUACAGAAUCUAAAGAACCAUCACGACCAGUAUCUGCAACAGAAAGUGAAAUAGAUAAGAAAUCAGUUGAAGAAAUCCAACUUUCUCGCAAAUCAUCAAUUGCAGAAAGCAAAACCGAUGAAAAAUCACCAGUAGAAUCUAAAGAACCUUCACUACCAGAAUCAGCUGCCGUAAGUGAAAAAGAUAAAGCAUCGCCAGUAGAAUCGAAGGAACCAUCACGGCCAGUAUCAGUCACUGAAAGUGAAGUAGAUAAGAAGUCCGUUGAUGAGCUAGAAGUUUCACGUAAAACAUCAGUUGCUGAAAGCCUGAAAGAUGUAAAAUCACCUGCAGAAUCCAAAGAACCUUCCCGACCGGUGUCUGUGGCUGAAUCCGAAAUGGAUAAGAAACCAGCCGAAGAACUAUCAAAAACAGAAGCUUCCGGUGCAAGUGAAAAGGAAUCGAAAGAAGCCUCACCUACAGAAUCGAAGGAACCAUCACGUAAGUCGUCUAUAGUUGAAAGCAAGAAAGAUGAAAAAUCGCCAGCAGAAUCUAAGGAACCUUCACGACCAGUAUCUGUUGUUGAAAGUGAAGUGGAUAAGAAAUCAAUAGAAGAAAUGGAACUUUAUCGCAAAACAUCAGUUGCUGAAAGCAAGAAAGAAUCUCCUGCAGAAUCUCAGGAACCUUCACGACCAGUAUCUGUUGCUGAAAGUGAAAAGGAUAAGAAAUCUGUGGAAGAAGCCGAGGAUAUUUCACGAAAGGCAUCUAUUGCUGAAAGCAAGCAAGAUGAAAAAUCAAGUGCAGAAUCGAAAGAACCUUCACGACAAAUUUCAGUGACUGAAAGUGAAACUGAUAAAAAGUCCGUUGAAGAGCUGGAAGUUUCAGGCAAAUCUUCAAUUGCUGAAAGCAAGACAGACGAAAAAUCGCCCGCAGAAUCCAAAGAACCUUCACGACCAAUUUCUGUCGCUGAAAGUGAAAAGGAUAAGAAAUCUGUGGAAGAAUCUGAAGAUGUUUCAAGAAAGGCAUCUAUUACAGAACGCAAGAAAGAUGAAAAAUCGCCUGCAGAAUCCAAAGAACCUUCACGAUCAGUAUCUGUAGCUGAAAGUGAAAAGGAUAAGAAAUCUGUGGAAGAAGCCGAUGAUAUUUCACGAAAGGCUUCUAUUGCUGAAAGCAAGCAAGAUGAAAAAUUACCUGCAGAAUCCAAAGAACCUUCAAGACCAGUAUCUGUCGCUGAAAGCGAAAAGGAUAAAAAAUCAGCGGAGGAAUCUGUAGACGUAUCACGUAAAGAAUCCAUUGCAGAAAGCAAGGAAGAUGAAAAAUCACCUGCUGAAUCGAAAGAACCUUCACGUCCAGUAUCAGUAGCAGAAAGUGAAAAAGAUAAGAAAUCGGCGGAAGAAUCUGUAUCACGAAAAGAAUCAAUUGCAGAAAGCAAGAAAGAUGAAAAAUCUACUGCAGAGUCGAAAGAACCUUCACGGCAAGUUUCGGUGACAGAAAGUGAAAUUGAUAAGAAAUCCGUUGAUGAGCUAGAAGUUUCACGUAAAGCAUCAAUUGCAGAAAGCAAGACAGACGAAAAAUCGCCCGCAGAAUCCAAAGAACCUUCACGACCAAUUUCUGUAGCUGAAAGUGAAAAGGAUAAGAAAUCUGUGGAAGAAUCUGAAGAUGUUUCCAGAAAGGCAUCUAUUACAGAAAGCAAGAAAGAUGAAAAAUCUCCUGCAGAAUCGAAAGAACCUUCAAGACCAGUGUCUGUUGCUGAAAGUGAAAAAGAUAAGAAACCUGCUGACGAAUCUGAAGAUGUUUCCAGAAAGGAAUCUAUUGCAGAAAGCAAAAAAGAUGAAAAAUCUCCUGCUGAGUCGAAAGAACCAUCACGACCAGUAUCUGUAGCUGAAAGUGAAAAGGAUAAGAAAUCCGUAGAAGAAGCCGAGGAAGUUGCUGAGAGUACAAAAGAUGAAAAAUCACCUGCAGAGUCCAAAGAACCUUCACGACCUGUAUCAGUGGCUGAAAGUGAAAAAGAUAAGAAACUAACUGAGGAAUCUGUAGAUGUAUCACGUAAAGAAUCAAUUGCAGAGAGCAAGAAAGAUGAAAAAUCACCUGCAGAAUCCAAAGAACCUUCACGACCAGUAUCUGUCGCUGAAAGUGAAAAGGAUAAGAAAUCUGUAGAAGAAGCUGAGGUAGUAUCCCGAAAGGCAUCUAUUGCGGAAAGCAAGAAAGAUGAAAAAUCACCUGCAGAAUCCAAAGAACCUUCACGACCAGUAUCUGUCGCUGAAAGUGAAAAGGAUAAGAAAUCAGCGGAAGAAUCUGUAGAUGUAUCACGAAAAGAAUCAAUUGCAGAAAGCCAGAAAGAUGAAAAAUCACCUGCAGAAUCCAAAGAACCUUCAAGACCAGUAUCUGUCGCUGAAAGUGAAAAGGAUAAGAAAUCAGCGGAAGAAUCUGUAGAUGUAUCACGUAAAGAAUCAAUUGCAGAGAGCAAGAAAGAUGAAAAAUCACCUGCAGAAUCCAAAGAACCUUCACGACCAGUAUCUGUCGCUGAAAGUGAAAAGGAUAAGAAAUCAGCGGAAGAAUCUGUAGAUGUAUCACGAAAAGAAUCAAUUGCAGAAAGCAAGAAAGAUGAAAAAUCACCUGCAGAAUCCAAAGAACCUUCAAUACCAGUAUCUGUCGCUGAAAGUGAAAAGGAUAAGAAAUCAGCAGAAGUAUCUGAAGAUGUAUCACGUAAAGAAUCAAUUGCAGAGAGCAAGAAAGAUGAAAAAUCACCUGCAGAAUCCAAAGAACCUUCACGACCAGUAUCUGUCGCUGAAAGUGAAAAGGAUAAGAAAUCAGCGGAAGAAUCUGUAGAUGUAUCACGAAAAGAAUCAAUUGCAGAAAGCAAGAAAGAUGAAAAAUCACCUGCAGAAUCCAAAGAACCUUCAAGACCAGUAUCUGUCGCUGAGAGUGAAAAAGAUAUGAAAUCUGUAGAAGAAGCCGAGGAAGUUUCCCGAAAGGCAUCUAUUGCUGAAAGCAAGAAAGAUGAAAAAUCACCAACAGAAUCCAAAGAACCUUCACGACCAGUAUCUGUCGCUGAAAGUGAAAAGGAUAAGAAAUCAGUGGAGGAAUCUGUAGAUGAAUCACGUAAAGAAUCAAUUGCAGAAAGCAAGAAAGAUGAAAAAUCACCUGCAGAAUCCAAAGAAUCUUCAAGGCCAGUAUCUGUCGCUGAAAGUGAAAAGGAUAAGAAAUCAGCAGAAGUAUCUGAAGAUGUAUCACGUAAAGAAUCAAUUGCAGAAAGCAAGAAAGAUGUAAAAUCACCUACAGAAUCUGAAGUACCUUCACGACCAGUAUCUGUCGCUGAGAGUGAAAAAGAUAAGAAAUCUGUAGAAGAAGCCGAGGUAGUUUCCCGAAAGGCAUCUAUUGCUGAAAGCAAGAAAGAUGAAAAAUCACCUACAGAAUCCAAAGAACCUUCACGACCAUUAUCUGUAGCUGAAAGUGAAAAGGAUAAGAAAUCCGCCGAACACUCUGUGGAUGUAUCACGAAAAGAGUCAAUCGCAGAAAGCAAGAAAGAUGAAAAAUCACCUGCUGAGUCGAAGGAACCUUCACGACCAGUAUCUGUAGCUGAAAGUGAAAAAGAUAAGAAAUCCGCCGAAGAAUCUGUGGAUGUAUCACCAAUAGAAUCAAUUGCAGACAGCAAGAAAGAUGAAAAAUCACCUGCUGAGUCGAAAGAACCUUCACGGCCAGUAUCUGUCGCUGAAAGUGAAAAGGAUAAAAAAUCAGCGGAAGAAUCUGUAGAUGUAUCACGUAAAGAAUCAAUCGCAGAAAGCAAGAAAGAUGAAACAUCACCUGCAGAAUCCAAAGAACCUUCAAGACCAGUAUCUGUCGCUGAAAGUGAAAAAGAUAAGAAAUCUGCUGAAGAAUCUGAAGAUGUUUCCCGAAAGGCAUCUAUUGCAGAAAGCAAGAAAGACGUAAAAUCUCCUGCUGAUUCUAAGGAGCCUUCCCAGCCUGUUUCUGUAGCCGAAAGCGAAAAAGAUAAGCAAUCCCCAGCUGAUUCGAAAGAACCAUCACGAAAGUCAUCAAUAGCAGAAAGUAAGAAAGAUGAGAAAUCACCAGUUGUCGCACCAGCUGAUGUUAUAAAAGCUGAGUCUAAAGAGCCUUCUCCUACUGAAUCAAAAGAAGUAUCACGUCCUGUUUCAGCUACUGGCAGUUUUGAAGACUCUGAACAGCAGUCGGUUAUUGAAGCUAAACAAGAUGAUAAAAUAAUUGUUGAAUCCAAAGAAGCUGAAAAACUUGCAGAACAAAAGGAAACUGAAACUGCAUCUAAAGAACCAUCUCGUCCGGAAUCUGUAGCAGAAAGUAAAGCCAGUGAUCAUGAAGCUACAUCGGUUGCUCAAUCAAAGGAAUCCUCUCGUAAACCCUCUGUAACUGAUGUCACCAAAGACGAUGUUACAAAAUCAUUAGAAUCCGUUAAGAAGGAAGAGAAAGUGGUAUCGCCUGAAAAACCAAAAGAAAUUUCUGAACCAUCUCCCACAUCUGAACAACCCACACGGCCAACCUCAAUUGAUGAGGCUAUUUCUGCUGGCAAAAUUUCACCCUCCCAAUUUGAAACAGUUUCCUCACCAGUAGAUGAGGCUGCUAAAGAUGAAGUGGAAGACCUUAAAGCCAAGAGAGAACAAUUCACCAUUGAUCUCAAAAAAGCUGCACCUGCCGGACAAUUGCCAACAACAUCCAGCCCUGUAGAUGUUGCAGAUGGAGAUUUCCCACAGGAACCUAAGCAACAAGUAGAAGAUUUGAUUGAAGAAACCAAGUUUGCUGUAACCGAAACUGUUUCAACUCCCAUUGAUGAAGCACCAGCAUUUGAAAAAGAAGCACCUGUGAGCGGAAGUACCAAAACUGAAUCCGAGCCUGAAUCAAAGGCUACUUCACCUAAACCUUCUGAGACUGCCAGCACUAAGGAUGAAGAUGUAAGCAAAUCUAAAGAAUCAUCCCGACCAGAAUCAGCAGCAGCUGGAAGUGUUACAGAUGAAGAUAAAAAAUCGCCUUCACCUAAAGAACUAUCUAAACCAGCUUCCAUUGUCGAAGCUGUAGACACUGGCAAAAUUUCACCCUCCAAAAUCGAAACCGUUUCUUCACCAGUAGAUGAAGCUGCUAAAGAGGUGACAGAGGAUCUCAAGGCCAAGAAAGAGCAAUUCACUAUUGAACUAAAAACUACCACUGAGGCAGGCCAACUACCAACAUCAUCCAGCCCGGUCGAUGUUGCUGAAGGUGAUUUCCCAGAAAAGCCAAUAGAACAAAUUCAUGAAUUGACACAGGAAAAUAAGUUUGCCGUAACAGAUACAGUUUCAACUCCUAUCGAUGAAGCUCCAGAACUUGCAGAAGAAGUUGGAAGUGUCAAGGACGAAGCUGAAUCAAAGGAACCUUCACAAGCAUUGAAAGAAGCUAAAGAUACUGGCAAAGUUUCAACCUCCCCAGUUGAAACCGUUUCCUCACCAGUAGAUGAGGCCCCCAAAGAGUUGACAGAAGAUAUUAAGGACAAAAAAGAACAAUUCACUAUUGAAAUCAAGGCCACAACCCAGGUAGGACAAUUGCCAACAUCAUCCAGCCCUGUCGAUGUGGCCGAUGGCGAUUUCCCACAAGAAACCAAACCACAAGUACAAGAUUUGAAACAGGAAACCCAGUUCGCUGUUACCGAAACUAUUUCCACACCUAUUGAUGAAGCGCCAGCACUUGAAGAAGUACUUGAAAAGGAAUUCGUUACAGCUAAAGCUGAGUCCAAGGGAAUAUUUGAUGCUAUUAGCGGUUUUGUAAAAGAUGUCAAGGAUAUUUUCGGCAAAGAAACUGAAGCAGUUGCCGAAAAGGUAACAGAACAAGUUGAAAAACUAACCACAGAAGUCAAGGAGUCUACUGAAGAAAUUGCUAAAACUGUAACUGACAUUAAAGAAACAACUGAAGAUGUAUUGAAGUUUGCCACAAAGACAGCCGAUGACAAAACUUGCACUGAACCCACUGAGCAAGUUGAUGAAUCAAUAGAAAUCGAAAAACUUAAAGAUUCUUCUCAUGCCUUAAUCGAUGUUUCACAAAAAAUGGAUGAAUUAAAAGAGUCAACAGAACAAUUAGCUACAUGUGCCACAGACUCAGUGGAACAAAGACAAACCUUCCCAGAAACUACUGCAAAAUCAACACUGUCCGAAAUAAAAGAAGUUAAAGAUUCCGUUACAGAAAAGAUUGAAGAAACUGUAACAGAUGUCGAAGCUUCCGUAGAGACCAGCCUCCAAAAAGCCACUGAAACCUACGAGGAGAUUAAAAAAGAUGUCUCAGAAACUGUUAGCGAAAAGCUAACAGAAAUUAAGGAGGAAAAGGACAAGAUCACUAGCACAAUUGAAGCCGACGCCAAGUCAGCAUUAAAAACCACAACUGAUACCUUCACAGAGCUCAAGGAAACCACAGUCGAUGUGGUGCAAGACGUUAAGGAAUCGAUUACCAAACAAACCGAUGAGAUUACCAAAGAAGCCACCACAACUGUAGAGGAUGUCAAAACAGCUGGCAAGUCAUUAAUUCAAGAUAUACAAGAAGAAGUUUCAACCACUAUAACUGCUAUUACCAAAGACCUUGUGAAAUUAGUUGAUACCAGCGUUAAAGCCGCCUCCGAAGAGGAACAUAAGGAAGAAGUUGUAGAAGAAGUCAUCAAGAAAUCUGUAACUUCUUUAGCAACAGAAGCCACAACCAAAGAUGAUGAUGAAGUUGGCUUUAUCUCAGAACUUAGAGAGACACAUAUUACUACUAUGGAUUCACCUGAAUUGAAAAUUACAAUUGCCGAACGGGAUGAAGCCGCCGUAUUGCAUGACAUUAAGGAAGAGGAAGAAGAACAUCAACGUACUUCACCUCCCACCGAGGUCGGUCAAAUAUUGGGUGAACCUUUGCCCAUUAGACCAGUGUCGCCCAGAGAAGAAGAAGUCUUUAAAAUUGUGGCUGAUGUAGCUAAAGUUUUGAAAUCCGAAAAGGACAUAACUGAAAUUAUACCCGACUUUGAUGAAAAAGAACUGGAAGAAAAACUCAAAUCUUCGGAUGAGAUAGAAGCUGAAUCGGCCACUGUACAAAGAAUGUUAGUUACUGCCAGCAGUGAAGAUGGAGGCGAGGAAAUUGAAAUUUGUCCCAAAGGCUCUAUACAAUUUACCCCAGCCACCAUUACAGAAGGUAUUGCCGAAAAGGAAAAGCCUGUCUUGGACAAGGUACCCACAACAGAAAUUGAAUCAGAAAAAUCAUCGCCCGAUCUAAAGUCUUCAGGCCCUGUGUCAAUCGAGGAAAAAGAUAAGAUAGAAGUUUCGGAAAAAAUGCAGCUCAAAGAACUCAGAGCCAAGGAUGCUAAGGAAGCUGCUGAUGAGUCCGUAUCCAGCAUGGAUUUGGAAUGGAGAAGAGAGUCGGCCAUCAGCACUUAUAGCGAAAAGGAUUUGACUCGCGAUGAAGAUACAUUUGAUGACAAACAUGAUUUCCCAUCUAGUCCAUUGGAAGAUAAAGAUAAAACCGAAUCUGAAAGCCAAACAACUGAUAAAUCACCAUCACCUCGUCCUGAAUCGGUAACUGCCAAGCAUGACAUGAAAGACAAGGAAGUGUCCCGCUCUGAGUCCAUUACAAGUCAAGCAAGCACAAAAGAUGAUGCCAAAGAAGUAGUUGAUAAAGAUAAGGACGAAUCCCGUCCUCAAUCCGUAACUAGCCAAGCCAGUGCAAAGGAAGAAUCACGACCAGAAUCUGUGCUCUCCACAGCCGAAUCUAAGAAAGAUGAUAAAUCACCUGCUGCCGAACACAAAGAUAUUUCACGGCCCGAAUCUACAGUUUCUUCAAAGGAAGAUGAAAAAUCAGUUCAAAAGGAUGCUGAAUCACGCAAAGAAUCGAUCGUUUCAACCACUGAAGAUAAGACAGAAUCUAGACGUGAAUCUUUGCUAUCCGCAACCGAAAGCAAAAAGGAUGACAAGUCACCCACAACAACAUCUGUGGCCAGUCCCACCAGCUCUAAGGAUGAAGUAGAUAAACUGGCAGCUGAGGACAAACCAGAAACAGAUGCAGCUGAAAAAUCCCGAAAAGAAUCUUUAGUUUCAAUCACAGAAGAAAAAUCUGAAUCUAGACGCGAAUCUAUCUUAUCUACAACUGAAAGUAAAAAGGAUGAAAAAUCAGCUGUCACAGAAGAAAAGGAAGCUUCACGCCCUGAGUCCGUUGUCAGCCAUGUCAGUUCAAAGAGUGAGGCAGAAAAGGAACCUUCACGCAAAGAGUCUUUAGUUUCAGCUACAGAAGAAAAACCAGAAUCUAGACGUGAGUCUGUCGUAUCGACAGCAGAAAGUAAGAAGGAUGAGAAAUCUUCUAUCACAGAAGAAAAGGAAGCAUCUCGUCCAGAGUCCGUAGUCAGUUCAAAGAUCAGUUCAAAGAGUGAGGCUGAAAAAGAACCCUCACGAAAAGAGUCAUUAGUUUCAGCAACAGAAGAAAAAGAAGAAUCUAGACGUGAGUCUAUCGUAUCUAAAGCAGAAACUGAAAAGGAUGAAAAGUCUUCUGUCGCUGAAGAAAAGGAAGCAUCUCGCCCAGAGUCCGUAGUAAGCCAUGUCAGUUCAAAGAGUGAGGCAGAAAAGGAACCCUCAGUUACAGCAGAAAAAGAAGAAUCUAGACGUGAGUCUAUCGUAUCCAAAGCAGAAACUGAAAAGGAUGAAAAGUCGUCUGUCACUGAAGUAAAGGAAGCUUCACGUCCAGAGUCCGUAGUCAGCCAUGUCAGUUCAAAGAGUGAGGCUGAAAAGGAACCAUCAAGAAAAGAGUCAUUAGUUUCAGUUACAGAAGAAAAACCAGAAUCUAAAAAAGAUGAAAAGGAAGCUUCACGACCAGAGUCCGUAACAAGUUCAAAGAGUGAGGCUGAAAAAGAACCCUCAGUUACAGCAGAAAAAGAAGAAUCUAGACGUGAGUCUAUCGUAUCCAAAGCAGAAACUGAAAAGGAUGAAAAGUCUUCUGUCGCUGAAGAAAAGGAAGCUUCACGUCCAGAGUCCGUAGUCAGCCAUGUCAGUUCAAAGAGUGAGGCUGAAAAGGAAGCAUCAAGAAAAGAGUCACUAGUUUCAGUUACGGAAGAAAAACAAGAAGAAUCUAGACGUGAGUCCGUCUUAUCAACAGCUGAAAGUAAAAAGGAUGAAAAAUCUUCUGUCACAGAAGAAAAGGAAGCUUCACGCCCAGAAUCCGUAGCCAGCCAUGUCAGCUCAAAGAGCGAAGCAGAAAAAGAACCAUCAAGAAAAGAGUCGUUAGUUUCAGUUACAGAAGAAAAACCAGAAUCCAGACGUGAGUCUGUCGUAUCGACAGCAGAAAGUAAGAAGGAUGAGAAAUCUUCUAUCACAGAAGAAAAGGAAGCAUCUCGCCCAGAGUCCGUAGUCAGUUCAAAGAAAAGCAAACAGGAUGAAAAAUCUUCUGUUACAGAAGAAAAAGAAGCUUCUCGUCCGGAGUCUGUAGCCAGCCAUGUCAGCUCAAAGAGUGAGGCAGAAAAGGAAGCAUCACGAAAGGAGUCAUUAAUUUCUGUUACAGAAGAAAAGGUCGAAUCAAGACGUGAAUCUCUCAUAUCAACAGCUGAAAGCAAAAAGGAUGACAAAUCGUCUGUCACUGAAGAAAAGGAAACUUCUCGUCCAGAGUCUGCAGUCAGCCAUGUCAGCACCAAGAGUGAAGCUGAAAAAGAAACAUCAGAAGAAAAGGCAGAAUCUAGACGUGAGUCCAUCGUAUCGACUGCUGAAAGUAAAAAAUCGACUGUCUCUGAACAAAAGGAAGUUUCUCGACCAGAGUCUGUAGCCAGUCAUGUCAGCACCAAGAGUGAAAUAGAAAAAGAAACAUCUGAAGAAAAAUCGGAAUCUAGACGUGAGUCCAUCUUAUCGACAGCUGAAAGUAAAAAUGAUGAAAAAUCUUCUGUCUCGGAAGAAAAGGAAGCUUCUCGCCCCGAGUCCGUAGCCAGUCAUGUCAGCUCAAAGAGUGAAGCUGAAAAAGAUCCAUCACGAAAAGAGUCAUUAAUUUCUGUUACAGAAGAAAAAUCUGAAUCCAGACGUGAAUCUGUUAUAUCAACAGCAGACAGCAAAAAGGAUGAAAAAUCUUCCAUCACAGAAGAAAAGGAAGCUUCACGCCCAGAAUCCGUAGCCAGCCAUGUCAGCUCAAAGAGUGAGGCAGACAAAGAACCAUCAAGAAAAGAGUCGUUAGUUUCAGUUACAGAAGAAAAGGCUGAAUCCAGACGUGAGUCUGUCAUAUCAACAGCUGAAAGUAAAAAGGAUGACAAAUCGUCUGUCACUGAAGAAAAGCAACCUUCUCGUCCAGAGUCGAUAGCCAGUCAUGUCAGCACCAAGAGCGAAGCUGAAAAAGAAACAUCAGAAGAAAAAGCAGAAUCUAGACGCGAGUCUGUCUUAUCUGUAGCUGAAAGUAAAAAGGAUGAAAAAUCGCCUGUUUCAGAAGAAAAGAAAGCUUCUCGCCCAGAGUCUGCAGUCAGCCAUGUCAGUGCAAAGAGUGAAGCAAAAAAAGAAACCUCCAGAAAAGAGUCAUUAAUUUCGGUUACAGAAGAAAAAGCUGAAUCCAGACGUGAAUCUGUCCUAUCAACAGCUGAAAGUAAAAAGGACGACAAAUCUUCCGUCACCGAAGAAAAAGAAGCUUCACGUUCCGAGUCCGUAGCCAGUCAUAUCAGCUCUAAAGCAGAAGCUGAAAAAGAAUCAUCAGAAGAAAAAGCUGAAUCUCGACGUGAGUCUGUCAUACCAACAGCUGAUAGUAAGAAGGACGAAAAAUCUUCAGAAAGGGAAACCUCACGUCCGGAGUCCGUAACCAGCCAUGUCAGUUCCAAGACAGAAGCUGAGAAAGAACCAUCAACCACAGAAGACAAACCAGAAUCUAGACGUGAAUCUCUCCUAUCAACAGCUGAAAGCAAAAAAGAUGACAAAUCCCCUAGCACCGAAGAAAAAGAAAUCUCACGCUCAGAAUCUAUCACAAGUCAUGUUAGCUCAAAGAGUGAAGCUGAAAAAGAAUCAUUGAUUUCUGUUACCGAAGAAAUCAUAGAAACUAAACAAGUAUCAACUGUUGAAACUGUUGAAAUUAAGACAGAUGAAAAACCCUCAACACCUGAAGAAAAGUCGACCUCUCGUCCUGCCUCAGUUGCUAGUCAUGUCAGUUCUGAAUCCAAAAAAGAAGACGACAAGGAAGAAUCACGUCCCGUUUCUGUAACCAGUCACACCAGCUUAAAGAGCGACAGUGAAAAACAUGAACAAGAAGGCACAGAGAAAGAAGAGCUGGUAUCAGCUGCCUCCAGAAAGGAGUCGGUGGUCUCAACUACUGAAGAGAAGACAGUAUUAAGAAGCGAAUCUCUAGUAUCUACCACCGAAAGUCAAAAAGAUGAUAAAUCAUCUACACAAGAAAUUAAAGAAGCCUCCCGCCCUGAAUCUGUAGCCAGUCAUGUAGGAACUGCCAGCGACACUGAAAAACAAGAAUCACGCAAAGAAUCAAUAAUUUCAACUGCCGAGGAAACCCGAAAAGAAUCUUUGAUUUCAAGCACCCAGGAAGCCCAAGAAUCAAGACGUGAGUCUUUAAUAUCUUCGGCAGAAAGCAAAAAAGACGACAAAUCGCCACUUAUUGAGGAGAAACAAUUGUCACGGCCAGAAUCUGAGGCUAGCCAUAUUAGUUCGAAGAGUGAAGCUGGUGAAGUGAAAACUAUUGAAACCAUUACACAAGCAACAGUAACUUCCACUAUCAGCAAGGACGAAAGUGAAAAACUUGAAACCAAAAAGGAAUCUUUGACUAAGACCACCUCAGAAACACAAGAGUCUAAACUUGAAUCUGUAUCAAGCGCCAGCGAAAUCACUAAGGAAUCUCUAACAACAAUUUCGGAAGGUAAACAGCAAACUGUGGUCGAAAGCAAAAAGGAAGAUAUAACAUCUACAGCUAGCCAAGUCAGUUCUAAGGAUGAUAAACAGGAAUCAGUAAAAACCACAACACAAACAAUUACCACCCAAGUGUCCAGCAAAUCAGAUGAGAAAUCCGCUCAAAUGUCGGAAGCUAAAGACAGCCAAGUUCAGGUUACGGAAAUCAUUAAGACAACCAUUGUAGAAAAGCCUGUACAAGUAAAAACCAUUACAGAAACAUCAAGCACAGCUUCCUCCACCAAACAAACCGCCCAAGAAUCAUUGGAUGCCUCUACCAAAGAAAGCAAGACAAUUGUCAGUGAAACCACACGAGUCAUUAGUUCUCAGUUGAUCGAUUCACUACAAGAAGAAGACUCACGCAGUGAAUCUGUGAGCAGCAGUGUUAAAGUUGAAGAAGGAUCGUUGCGAGAAUCCUUAUCCGAAAAGGAGAUUUCCCGUUCAACAGAAACUAAGGAAACCUUGGACAAAUCUGAGCUGCUUACACACAUCGAAGAUUCACAGGCUUAUUCGGAAGAAUGUUCUUCGGAAUCUAUUGUCAGCGAAAUUCAAACAUCUGCCAUGAGCAAAGCCGAAAAGGCCGAAAGCAGUAAAAUGUCUUCUAGCUCCGAAACAUCAGUUAAGGAGAGUUUGAAGCAAACAGUUGAAGAAUUCUUGGCAACCGAAAAAAUCAUUUCCACUAAAGAGAUAAUGAGUACUUUUGAUAGCAUUAGCAAAGCCAAGACUGCCGCAACUGAAUCUAGACGCGAGUCGACCUUAAGUCAAAGCAGCGAGGGACGCCAGACUCAUAGCGACCAGGAAGAUGAUGAUGAAGACGAUGCAGCCACUACCCAUAUUAAAGAAGGACGUUCCAAGUCAAUAGCCAGCAUAAUGACUACCAGCAUUUAUAAACCUUCAAAGGAAGUUAGGGUUAGCGAAACCUUGGGAGAAGAACUAGAAGAAUAUGCCAGCAAACAAGCUUCAACACAAGAGAAGUCGCAAAUUACCAAGGAAUCCAUGACCUUGGCUCAUUCAUAUGAACAUGAACUGUCCGAUCGUAAAACUCCUCCCACUGCCCCUGUUAGUCCUGGCAUUGUGAAAACAACUAUAAGCGGCGUAGGUGCAGCCACAAGCUCAGCUACAACAGUGAGCACAACCAAGACCAUUGUUACUGAUGCCACAAGCAGCACCACAACACACAGUGGUCCUCUAUCGCCCAGAGAUACCAGCGGCAGAUCCAGUCCCGGAGGUCUAACAUCCGAAAGUCAAUCCAUACCCACACCCAUGGGCAGAGAAUCAUUGACAGAAACACCUGAAUCAUCGCCUAAACCAACAUCACCUUUCCCCCGGGUGACCAAAGAGGAUCUUAAAUCAGCUGCCUCUUACUCAGCAGAACAAGUAGAGCGGACUGCUGCUGCCUUCUCCGCUACAGAACAACAAGAAACUUCCAGUGUUUCCACAUUGAUUAAACAACUGUCGGGCGAAAUGUUGCCCGAUCUACAUGAAGUCAGAGGUAUAGAAAAAACAGCCGCCUUAAGUGGCAGCACGGAAAAGAUUAUCACCACCACCAUCACUACCGUUACCAAGGUAAUCUCCACAGAUGGCAAGGAGAUAGUGACUGAAGAAAAGACAAUCACCACCACAGACUCAACGGAUCCCGAAGGCGAAAAGGUCACAGUGACCACCACACGCACUACUAGCGAAAGUGAUAAAAGUGACGUCAUGCUGCCCAAAGAAGUGGCCAUGUUGCGCAGCAUGUACCGUUCAUCGACACCAGGCAGUGAUGAUGGAGUAGCCUACCUCAGUGACGACGAGGUGCCAGCCUCACCCCGAAGUAUCUCUUCCUCUCAUGGUGCCAGCUAUGAUUUGCAAAGAUCGGGCUCUGGCGUCAGCAAGAAAUCCGACUUUGAUCUAGACGAAAGCCAAGAUGAUAUACCUCCACAAUACGGUAGCGAGGAGCUAUCAGCCGCUCGCUCCAUAACAGCGACCACAGGUUUUGUACACAAAAUAGCCGACCCCAUGAGCACUUCGUUCUAUGGAGCACUGCCAGACUCAUUUGAAACCAAAACCUCACAGCCAAUCAAUAUACAGGGUACUACCACACACCUACAAACAUUUACGGAAUCACCCAUUUCCCAGUCAUCCGGUUCGGUAGAAAGCACCACAACUCUGCCACACAAAUUCUUAGAAGAGGCUGAUAUGGGCUUCGAACAAGCCCUCAAAGAACAUGUGCAAUUAAGAGGAGCCGAUGUUAUGUCCUCGGUCACCGCUAAAUAUUCCUACUCACCCUCCAAAGCCGAAGAGGUGGAACAAACCGUAGCCAGUGCUGAAAAGCCCAAAUUCCCCUUGGGCAGUGUACAGAAAACACGGGUCACCGAGGGCGUUAGCGAGAAAGACGGAGCCGCCACUAUUGUGACCACAACUACCACCACUGUGACCACGACACAGGGCGAUGGUGCCAGUGCCAGCAGUAGAACCACAACGACUGAAACAUCAACCACUUCCUCAUCUGCCACGGUAGAUGACAAACUCAAAGAAUGGGGCAAGCCAUUGGGUCUGCCCUCACCCGCUCCUAUGGCUGCCGAAGGUGAUGUACGCACCACACCCAAAAAAGAACGACGACUGGUGGCCACCAAGACAAGACUUAAUAACGAAAAGAACUUACGCAAACGUUCCGAAUCGCCCAACAAGGCCAAGAAGCCCUCACCCGUCUAUGUGGAUCUGACCUAUGUACCUCACAAUGGCAACUCCUACUACUCGCAUGUGGAAUUCUUCAAGAGAGUAAGAGCACGCUAUUAUGUAUUCUCGGGCACCGAGCCCAGCCGUCAAGUGUACGAUGCCUUAUUGGAGGCAAAACAAACCUGGGAAGAUAAAGAAUUAGAGGUAACUAUCAUCCCCACCUAUGACACUGAUGUUUUGGGCUAUUGGGUGGCAGAAAAUGAAGAACUUUUAGCCAAAUACCGCAUAGAUUUGUCGCCCUCGGCGUCACGCUGCACCAUCAAUUUACAAGAUCACGAAACCUCUUGCUCGGCUUACCGUUUAGAAUUCUAGGCCACGGGGAUGUUCGUAGCGUUUUCGGAUAAUUAAGUUUCCCUAUAUUUUUUUUAGACUACAGAGUAACGAAACCAAAAACCAGCUAAAUGAAUUUCAUCUAAUUAACUAUU